GGAGGAAGCGAUGGGCGACUGAUCGGACCAGUCCACUGAAGGAGAGCUUCGCUGAUAAUCGUGUUCGGAGGGACUUGGACUUAGCGCCAUGGGACAUAGACAUGUGCUGGCUGACAGGUGCGAAUGAAUCAAAGUCGCACGAUGGAUGAUUGGGAAGGAGAUUCGACACGAGGGAGUCUGCUCCUUAUACUUCUCGGGCCCUCCCCUCGGGACAAGGGGGGAUGGCGGCCAGCCCGAUGGCCAACCCGAAGGGGAAAGAAACCAGGCCGAGCAUCAGUGCAACAAGCCCAAGCUCACGGCGAGGGGCCGCAUGACAGGGGAGUGUGGAGAGCCGACGGUCGACUCAGGGUGUGAAGCUAUCCCGACUAUUGACGCCCUAAGCGGAGACGGACAGGGUCAAGCCACGGGCUUCUCCGCCAGACCGCCACAGAUCUGUUCGCAGUCCGCAGUUGUUCGGUGCCGGCGGGGCCGUAGUAGCGUGGCUGUGCAGCCCUAUUUUAUAGGCCUGAGGCGGCCAGGCAUGCAGAUGGUCGACAAGGAAGAUGGAUGUACUGAGCAAGGUCUCGCGUCCUCGCUCCUCGCUCCUCGCUGCAUCCUUGUCGCGAUAAUUAUUCAGUAGGUUAUAAUUUGCUAAGCCCUCCAAGAGUCUGCUUAAUGCUUACCAGUCAGCACAUCUAUCCAUUAUCCAGACCCGAGAACCUGGACACCUCCAUGGCGCUAGAGACACCAGGAUUUGAAAAACACGGACAUUAGCGGCGAUUCGCUUAUCCCAACCUUUGAUAGGAUCAUAGGAGACGAAAUAGAUUAAUAUUACGAUGAGUAUUAAGAGCUAGCUGAGGGCCUAAGAGAAGAAUGGUGAAGAAUAGCGAUGGAGAUGGAGGAGUGGAGAGGAUUUUGGGGGGAGGGGGGCGAAGGG